AUGGCAUCUCCUCUGAACGUUACAGUCCGUAACCUAACCGGUAGCUGGGCCCUUAACCAAACCCUCUCAUCCAGCCCCUCCCCAGCGCUUGAACUCCAGGGCGUAUCCUGGCUAGUCCGAAGCGCCAUUGCCAGCGCACCCGUCACCAUCACCACCGAACAGUCCGAGACCUUGGAUGAGAAAGUUGGUAACGAGAUCACAACCAUUGCAUCAACGCAGUCUACCCUUGGACGAACGGUAGACGAUGUGAAGUACCUGAAGAGAGGACCGGACGGAGAAGGGCAGUGGAGUGAUGAGGAAGAGAUCAAAGAUCAUCCACUUUUUGGGAGUAUGAGUGUGCGUAGUCGGUGGGCUAGAAUGAGAAAGAGUACGCUGGACGAAAAGUUCACUAUCGAAGGCAUGAAUGAUGAAGCUGAAGUGGGCGAAGGGGAGGAAGACGACGAAGCCACGGAAGAAGAAGUCAUUGAAGUUAUUGUUCAUGGGACUACCGGCGGAUGGAUCAGCCAUCAGAUCUGGGCCUUUGAGGAGAUCGAUGGGCAACGGUACCAUACUCGUCGGGCACGAGUCACCAAGGACGAGAAAGUAGUAACGGUGCGGAUGGUGUAUGACUGGCAAGGUCAUGGCAAUUAA